AUGCGCCUCACAAUCCGCUCGGCCUUGCUGGCUAUCUUAUCUUUGACAGUAGCGACAGCAGCAACACCAACAGAAUUGUCAGCUCGUCAAUCUACAGUGAGGAUUAUGGCUCUUGGCGACUCCAUCACUGGCAGCCCAGGCUGCUGGCGAGCUUAUCUCUGGCAGAAACUCCAACAAGCUGGCAUCAAAAACACCGAUUUUGUAGGCACGUUGGCCGGUCAAGGUUGUGGCUUUCAAUACGAUGGAGAGAACGAGGGACAUGGUGGGUUUCUGGCGGUGAACAUUGCUAACCAGAACCAAAUUCCGGGCUGGCUAUCAUCUACCAAACCUGACAUCGUCAUGAUGCACCUCGGUACGAACGACGUUUGGAGCAACCGCUCACCUCAGGAGAUUACUACCGCAUUCAGCAAGCUUGUAGACCAGAUGCGCGCUUCGAAGCCUACCAUGAAGAUUCUUGCCGCAAAGAUAAUUCCCAUGAAUCCGUCCAACUGCGCCGAGUGUGGGUCGCGCGUUGUUGCCCUGAACAAUGCGAUCCAGACGUGGGCAGCGAGCAAGACGACAGCGAACAGCCCCAUCGCGGUCGUAGACGCGUGGACUGGAUUCGACACGACUUCCAUGACCGGCGAUGGUGUCCACCCCAACGAUGCGGGCAACAAGAAGCUGGCUGAGACGUGGUUUCAACCGUUGGCGAACGCCAUCAGAGGCUGA